AUGGAUGGCAUGAAAAAACUCUUUCAACCUGCCACUCCAUCGCCAUUGGCGUUGGUUCCCACAGCGCCCACGGUAGCUCCGUCAACGGACAGCGAUAAGCAUGAAGGUAGUUUUGGUAGUGGUGGAGGAGGAGGUGAUGGAACAAGUAAAAGACGGUUCAAGUCAAAGUCUGCACCGGCACCACACGGAGACACGCUGCGGAAAUCGCCGUUGACCGAAGUCUCGGUCGAGAUGUCAGACCACCUUCAGUCUGACGGCACAGAGAAGAAUGCCAUCGAGUCCAGUAAUGUCGAACUGGUCAACGACAAACAUCAAGAGGAAAGCAACAGCGAGGUAAACAAAAGGGGCAAUGAAGAUAUUGCCAAUGUAAACGAACAUAACCAAGAACAGACACCGUCCAUAACGGAGUCGUCUGCCGACGAUUCCGACUACGACUAUGAUGAGCACGAUUAUGACGACGAUGACGGAGAUAACAGUUCAGAUGAUACGUACGGACAAUCUAUACCGCUGGAGUUUCUCGACCGACUUCGAACGUUCAACUUGUUCAACAAGGCACCCAAAUCGUUCCACACCAAAGUAGCCUCUAAAUUGUCAUUGAUGAGAUUCCACCCGCAAGAUUGCAUCAUCAGCAAGAACGACCCUGCCAAAGCCAUGUACUGGAUUUUGAGAGGCUCUGUGUCCGUCACCAGUCCUGAUGGAGAAACCAUCUACGCCGAGCUAGCCCGAGGCCAGUUCUUUGGAGAAAUCGGGAUCCUUUUCAAUCGUCCAAGAACAGCAACGGUAAUAGCCCGAACCAAAGUUUUGGUUGGAGUAUUGGCCCGAGAUGCCUUGAACCAGGUGCUAAAGUCUUACCCUUCUAUUGAACGUCGUAUUCGUGACGAAGCACAAGAAAGAUUAGCAAUGCAAGAGAAGAAAAUCAAGUUGGAGAUCCCAACGUUAAUAGCAAAACAUUCAAACUAUAUGUACCAACCGCAUAAAGAUGGAAUCAAUGCUCUGAAAAUGGCUACUGCUGCUGGUCAUGCUAUGCCUGUUCCUUCAAUAGCCCCAUUAAAUGGUGAUUUCAGAUCCAUAUUGUCUCCUUCACCUCCUCCUACUUGCAUUUCCCCUGCAUCAGUUGCUGCUACCGUUGGUACUUCGGCUUCCCCAGCCCGACAACCACCGGCAGCAUUACCAGCAUCAACUUCAACGUCGAUUUCAAUGUCAGUAUCAUCACCACCACCACAACUACAUUUGCCUCAUCCUAUACCACUACAUCCUCCGUCAGCCGGAUCUUUGCUGUCAAAAACGACGACAUCUUCCAUGCCUACAUCGCCUAUAAACCCUUUGUUUCUUCAACAACAACGUUCAUCGUUCAAAGAAUCUACUCGAUAUUCACUUCCCUUGCCCAAGAACUCAGAUAAUGUGGAUUCCACCAUUUCUAUCCAAGAAUUCCUCAAGAACCUUCCCAUAUUCCAAUCGCUUCCACUGAAACCGUUACAUCAACUUGCUUUACUGGUUGAUCCUUUGCAUUAUCGUUCUUUUGAGACCAUCUUCAAAAGAGGAGACGUUUCUUCUGAUAUCUACUUUAUUAUCCAUGGAGAAGUCGAAGUCGUUGUUUCACAUGAUUCACCCAACCAAUCAAAUAUCUCGCGGAUUGAUACCAUUCUUGGAAGACUUUAUGCUGGAUCAUAUUUUGGGGAAAUGAGUUUCCUUUCGUUGAUUAAUGAAGGCCCAAAAUCUGAAACUAUAAGAUCCGCAACUAUAAGGUCAGUAACUAACGUUGAAUUGAUUGUAGUAAAGUCUGAAAGUUUACUAAAAUUAUGUCUGGAAUAUCCCGUAAUUGCAGACCAUUUCCGUCAGACAGCAAUGAAGAGACGUUCAGAGAAUGCCAAUGUUACAACUGCCACUGGUCCUUCUGCUGGUCCUGCUGAAUCCAAUGAAAGAGAUAAGAAGAAAUUGUCUAUUGAUUAUUUAAUCAAUGGAAGAGAUACAUCACCAUCUUCUUUCAAACUCCCUCUGUUCACUUCACCCACUACAGAAGUAGAAGAUCCCAUUGGUCGACCUGAAUCUCCACCGGAACCAAACCAAUCUGCAUUUUUCAAUUCCAAUUGGUCGUUUGGAAACGCUCCAUCAUCAUCUUCAACCACAGGAGGGAAAUCGAUUGAAGUCCCCCUCAGAGCCCAUACAGGAUCUCCUACAUCGUUUGAUCCGAAACCAGAUUCUCCAUUGUCAGUCGAAGGAACGAUUUCUCGGUCCAUUUCUCCUACUUCAAUGCUUCAAAGCGCAGAUUCAUCAUCAGUUACGUCACUAACAAAAGGCUGGUCCUCAGGAGUUUCUAUUAGUAGUAAUGCCGAUGAUGAACGUCGGUUUAAACGUCGUAAGAGCAGCACCAGUGCCAGCAACAGCAGCAAUAUACCAAUGAUAAGCUUACCUCCGCUCAAUCCCGUUCUUCCAUCGAUAAACAAAUUCACCAACUUUCAGAACGAUAAAGUACUUCCGUCCUUCCAAUAUCUUCCCCAUAAUAAACGUGUGAGAUUACAACUGAUCCAGGCUCGAAGACGACUGUCUGUUCUUGCUAACCAUGGGACAAUUCCUGAUAGACUUUUGAUCAAGGUGUUUGAGUACAUGACACUACCAGAGUUGAUGAAGCUUCGUUGUGUUUGUAAGAGAUGGAGAUCUUUACUUUACACUGCGCCCAACUUGUUUCGGAGAUUAAACUUGACUCCAUGGAAUGUUUCUAUUGACGAUAAAGUCUUGUGUCAAAUCACUGACUUUGUUGGCAGCCGUCCCGAAUGGAUAGACAUCUCCAACUGCUUCCAUAUCACCGACGAAGGCUUUAGUUAUAUGGUUAAUGAGAUUGGGAUGCAUGGUAAGAUCAAGUGCAUAAAGAUGAAAUCUGCUUGGGAUGUCAGUGCCAUGGCGAUCAUGGAUCUUGGGGUUCCUAGUGUUGGCCAUUACUUGGAAGAGAUUGAUUUGUCCAACUGUCGUCGGGUUAGAGAUAAUGUGUUGGAACGUUUGCUUGGCUGGGACAAUGAUAACCAGCAAGAAAAACAUGAACAGGAGCUGCAUCUGGACCCUCAACAACAACAGCAACUUCAAUAUCGUCUUCCCUGGGGACCACCAGGAGGACGAGGAGGGUUCCCCGAUGGUGUCGACGAAGAUAAAGACCUUGAAGUUGGAUGUAAGAAUCUCAGAAGUAUCAAUGUCGGUUACUGCAAGCAUCUCACAGACAACAUCAUGUUCCACAUAGCUAACCAUGCCAACAAGAGAUUAGAGUCGUUGGACUUGACCAGAUGUACGACCAUCACCGAUGUUGGGUUCCAAUACUGGGCGUAUCAGUCGUUCCCCAAUUUGAAGAAGUUAUCGUUGAAAGAUUGUACGUUUCUCACCGACAAAUCGAUCAUCGCCAUAGCCAAUGCAGCCACCAACUUGGAGAUUCUAGACUUGAACUUUUGUUGUGCCAUCUCUGAUGUUUCCAUUGAAGUACUUUGUUUAGGGUGUCCUAAUCUUCGAGAGUUGGAUUUAUCGUUCUGUGGUUCUGCUGUUAGUGACUCUUCCUUGGUGACAAUAUCUUUACAUUUGCGUCAUUUAGAGCGGUUGAUCAUCAAGGGGUGUAUUCGUGUUACAAGAGCAGGCAUAGAUGCACUUCUAAGUGGGUGUUCACCAAUGAACUACAUCAACAUUAGUCAAUGUAAGAAUGCCCAUAUUUACCCAGGAAGAGUUCCAGCUCAAAGACUUCAAGUCAACCCUCAAACCAAGUCGGCAUUCGUUACUGCUGGGCCCUAUCACAAUAUCAUCGAGAUUGUUAUUUGA